AUGAGGAGCUCUCAGACUUUGGCGCUGCUUUCUAGCAUCGCUUUCGUCCACGCCGACUUCGUGGCCCCCGCCGCCGGCCAGGCUCUGGCCGUAGAUGAGGCUUUCAACAUCCAAUGGGAAACCGAUGGGUUGGUUGAGCCUAUCAAUGUUAGCGUUGGCCCCGUUGGCAACGCCGGUGCUGCCCAGGUUGUAGCUUCUGGCAUCGACAACUCCGGCUCCAGCGCGUUCACCCCCGACGCCUCGCUUGCCCAAUUCGACCAGCUCGAACUCACCAUCACCGAUGCCGAGAACAAGUCCGUCACAUCCCAGCCUUUCACCGUUGCUGCCGGCGGCGCUUCCGAGCAACAAGGUGGCCGCGGCAACCAGCAGCAGGGUGGCAAUCAGCAGCAGGGUGGCAACCAACAGCAAGGCGGCAACCAGCAGCAGGGCGGCGGCCGUGGGAACCAGCAGCAGCAGCAGGGCCAGAACGGCGCUAAUCAGCAGCAGCAACAGCAGCAGGGUGGAGGUGGCCGAGGUAACCAGCAGCAGCAGCAAGGUGGCAACCAGGGCCAAGCUGCCGAAGCGCAAGAAUCCGCUGCCGGCGAAGAUGCCGGUCGCGUUUCGGCGGCUGUCGAGCCCACCGAGACCCAGACUCAGAACGUUGGCCAGGGUGGUGUCAAUAGCAACGCCGGAAACGGCGGCGUCUUCGUGGCCAACACGGACGGAGUUCCCAACGGAUUCCUCCCCAUCGAUUCCAACCGCCCCGUCGCCACCCCCACCAUUGCCGGAACCCCGGCCGUCUUCGUCACUGACCCCGGCCAGAUCGCCACCGCGGGCAUCGCUCCUAAUGCUGGCGUUGUCGCCCCCGUCGACGUCGCCUCGAGCGUCGCUGUUGAUCCCGCUCAGAUUCCCGCUGCCACCCUUAGCGUAGACGGUGGCGUUGCCCAGACCGGCGCUGUUGCCCUUGACCCGGCCGCCAGCUCCGCCGCCGCUGUAAUUGGUGGUUUCAGCACCAUCAAUGCUGGCGAAGCCGCCGUUGCCGUGCCCACGGAUGCCGCCGCCGUCUCUGCCGAGGUCAUCGGAGGUGCUGCCAGCCUGGGCGCCGGCGUCGCCACGCCCGUGCUUGACUCGCCUACCGCCAUCGCCGGUGCCGUGUCUCUCGACCCCUUGGCCACCGCCGGUGCUACCGCCGCAGUGGACCCCGCCCUGGCGGGUGCCCUCCCUGCUGGUGCCACGGGCGUUGUUGAUGCUGCCCUCGGCGGUGCCGGUGUCGGUGCCGUUGCCGGUCCCAUCUCCGCCGCCAACGGCCCUGGCCUUCUCUCUGGUACGGGCAUGGUUACCCCCACCAUUGUUCCCAACUCGCAGUUUACCGACACUGCGAUUGCCGUUCCUACCGGAUCCAUCCCCACCCCCGUCAACCCCGUCAACGUUGACACCGCCGGUAACCCGUUGGCGACUAACCCUGCUGGCGGCGCCUCUGGUUUCGUCUCCUCUGGCAUCGCUGGCGGCCUCCAGACCACCGGAGCCGGUGCCGGUACUGCCGCCCAGACCACGGAUGGUGCUACUGCCGCCGCCCCCGGCCUUUCUGCGCGCGGAAUUCUUGUGGGAGGAGUCGCGGCUCUUGUGGCUCUCUGGGUCGUGUAA